AUGAAAGGAGGAAAUCUUCGGUUCCAUUUUUGGGGAGUUUGUUACCUUGAAAUUAGAACCCUACGAAUUGUGGAAGAAAUAUAACCGCAGACAAUAUUUUCACAAGUGUGUCAUUAGUGACAAAAUUUUUAGCAAAAAAAAAAAGAAGCCAUGUUGGAAUUACCCGGGGAAAUAAAAAAGAGCUAAUCAAAAUUACCAGGACAAACAAUGGACAAUAUGAAUCGUUUCUCAACAAUAUGCGGAUCACAUAA